UCGUACUCGUUUCAUCACCUGAUCACUACCAAUGAGGAACUACAGCGUUUGAUUCUUGAGCAUGCGAUUGUAUGUUUUGGUGUAAUGGAGCUAUUUUUAAUUUCACCGAAGAAAACAUGUGUCCUCAUUAAUUGUUUAUGGAGGAAGAGAUGUUGAUGGCCGGGGAGAGUCAUGUUGAUAAUUAAUUCGGUUCUGAAACUGCUGCAGCGGCAGACAUACACCUGUCUGUCUCAUCGCUAUGGACUGUACCUGUGCUUCGGAGGACUAGUCCUCAUGAUAGUGUCUGCUUUUCAGUUUGGAGAGGUUGUGGUAGAGUGGAGUCGAGAUCAGUACCAUGUUUUGUUUGAUUCCUACAGAGAUAAUGUUGCAGGAAAGUCCUUUCAGACCAGGCUUUGCCUACCAAUGCCCAUUGAUGUGGUUUACACCUGGGUAAAUGGCACAGACACAGGCCUGCUGAAGGAUCUUCGUGCUGUGAGACAGCAGUUGGAAGAAGAACAGAAGGCCCUGAGGGAGCGUCUUGGGAAAAAUGCAUCUGAAAUAACUGAAGCUCCUAAGGGAAGGCCAGAAUGUCUGCUGUCCCACUGCAUCAUGGGCCCAGUGCUGGUGUUGGAUCCAUCCCUUCCUGCCAACAUAACGUUGAAGGAGCUGCCAACACUUUCAGCAGCAUUCUCCACUGCAAAACAACUCUUACAAGUGGCCAGACCUCUCCACCCCUCCACAAGCGUGUCUGUUCUUCUCUUCCACUCCCAUAGUGAAGCUGAAAAAGCCCAUACAGAUGCUUUGAAGGAUACUUUGACACACUCCAUCAGCAGAGGUUAUCUGACGACUGAUAAAGAGGCUCCGGGGCUGGUCCGCAUGCAAACUCUGGCCUACUUGAGCGGGUUCCCAGCAUCACUGAAGGAAACCGAGCAGCUCAGGGUCAAACUACCAGCUGUGGUGACCAGUAAAAUCAAACAGACGACUGAUAAAGAGGCUCCGGGGCUGGUCCGCAUGCAAACUCUGGCCUACUUGAGCGGGUUCCCAGCAUCACUGAAGGAAACCGAGCAGCUCAGGGUCAAACUACCAGCUGUGGUGACCAGUAAAAUCAAACAGGAAGAGGAGCAUCUACAGAGAGAACUGCAGUAUGCAGCUGACGGGACCACCACUGGACACAGGUUGCGGGACACUUUUGCUGAUUCACUCCGCUAUGUCAACAGACUCUUGAAUGCUCAGUUCGGCUUCACUUCCCGCAAAGUGCCUGCUCACAUGCCUCACAUGAUUGACAGGCUUGUCAUGCAGGAACUACAGGACACCUUCCCUCAGGAGUUUGAUAAGACCUCGUCCCACCGUGUGCGUCACUCAGAGGACAUGCAGUUUGCCUUUUCUUAUUUCUACUUCUUGAUGAGUGCAGUGCAGCAGCUCAAUAUAUCUGAAGUGUUUGACGAAAUUGACACGGACCACUCUGGCGUGCUGUCUGAUCGUGAGAUUCGCACGUUGGCCACACGAAUCCAUGAACUCCCCUUAAGCCUUCAGGAUUUGACCAGUCUGGAGCAGAUGCUUAUAAACUGCUCGAAGACUCUUCCGUCCAACCUUACGCAACUCCAUACUGUCAGCCCAACCCAGGAGGCCUAUUAUGACCCCAGCAUGCCACCCGUCACAAAAGGUUUAGUAAUCCACUGCAAUCACAUCACAGAAAGGAUCCACAAAGCCUUCAAGGACCAGAAUAAAUACAAAUUUGAAAUUAUGGGCGAAGAGGAGAUCGCCUUUAAGAUGAUACGGACCAACGUCUCUCAUGUAGUGGGGCAGCUUGAUGACAUCAGGAAGAACCCUAGGAAGUUUAUCUGCUUGAAUGACAAUAUUGACCACAGCCAUAAAGAUGCCAGCACAGUCAAAGCUGUACUGAGGGACUUCUAUGAGUCAAUGUUCCCAUUGCCCUCUCAGUUUGAGCUGCCCAGAGAAUACAGAAACCGUUUCCUCCACAUGACAGAGCUGCAGGAGUGGCGAAUAUACAGGGACAAGCUGAAGUUCUGGACCCACUGUGUGCUGGUGACGUUAGUCGUCUUCACUGUCAUAUCAUUCUUUGCUGAGCAGCUGAUCAUGUUGAAACGGUGGCUUUUCCCCAGGCGCAGGGUCAGCAAGGAUGCGAACCCAGAGCGGGUGUGAGGUUAUUCCUUUCUCAGAGCUUGUGUCUUGUGAGUUUGAAGUACCACAGUCGUACUUCUGUUAAUGCGGUCAGAUAAAAAUGCCCAUUUGGAGGUGACUGGAUGAAGUUGAUGGAGAAACUUCCUCCACAAAGGGGCAUUAGUGAGACACGCUGGGGCCCACGAGGCAAGCGAUCACACUCUAGGUUGUGUAUUGAAUGUGAACUGAACUCAAUGGCCCAUAUUGAAUGUGUUGCCAUAUUACCUUGCGUGUCUGAAUUGUAAUAAUUUGAAAUAGGAUUUUUAAUUUAUAAGGAAAUGUCAAGGGUAAAGAUACUACCCGUUAAGGGUUGUUCUCUUUGUCCUGUCUUUCCUUCCUCAUCCUUGCAGUGCCUUUCUUUACCACAUGAACGAAAGCAGUGGACUCUGAUGCAUGGCUGGAACUUUCUGCCUUGCGUUUGGCUUUUUGCAUUUGUCUGAAUUUGUCUUUCACGCUUGCUUACUCCAAAGUGGCACAGAAUCUCCGGGAGCAUUUUUACAACCGAAUAGCAAUCCUGAUACUUGGAAAUUUUAGCAAGGAUCAUCAAAAAUGAGCCAUUUCCUUCUCUUUCUCUUUUUUAAAUGCAUGUGGUUUUUGCUUGAAAUCCUUCAUGUGAUUGUCUCUUAGUGGGACAUUAAAUACUGACUUUGUCUGAAAUUCAGAUGCCACCACCUGUGGCCCUGGUGUGUAUUAAUUAACUCCUCACCUUCACUUGUCUUUUAAAGGGAAUUGUUCUUGGCUUGCUCAAACGCUAUGACUACUGACCCCAAACCUCUGCAGGGCAUACAUGCCUUAUAAAACAGGCUUGAGUUUAGGAAACGUGAUGAAUGAUAAUGCUGUUCUGAGAUGAAUUUCCCAGUUUACUUUUAUUUAUUAUAUUAGAAAAGACAUAAUUGUAAUGUACAAGCAUAUCUUUGUUUUAUUUUGGAAAUGUAUGUUGCUAAAAUUCUGUCAAAGUACACUUAUUUUAGGACACUUUUCCACUUUUGUGUCAAAUGUAAAUUAAACCAGGUGCCUAAUUUGAUAAUGAAAUAAGAACAUAAUCUGAACACUGAUGCGUAAUGAAACAGCCAAAUAUGGUAAUUAAAAAUCUUUACUGCAUUGAUAUGCCUUGUUGUUUUGAACUGUCAUUGACUGGGUUAAUAUCAUUGGUCAAGCAAAUGUUGCUGCUCCUGUUGAGUCACAUUUUUAGCUGUUAUGUGUAUUUGAUUCUUGCUUCCAGAAGGAGGAAAUGUACAAAGUAUGAAGACCCCAAAACACAUAAGAACCGGAAUUUAGACCGUGCUAUAUUCAAAUCACACAAAAUUUAUUGUUUUUAUUAGCCCUUUGGAAGGAGAUGAUUCUAAGCAGGCAGAGAGUGCAUCAUAAAACGGGCACAGAAGAUGAACACCCCCCAAAAUCCCUCAAAACAGAGCUAAAGGCAAUGCUCAAAAACUCUGUUUGUGCUCGGUUCAAGCUCUAGGAAGUGAAACACACAACCAGGAAGACUGAGCAGACUGCAAUUGGGUGACUGGGGAGGGGGGGUGGAGAGAUGAGUCUGUUUUUAGCGCAUAGCCACAAUCCUUGACAAUUAAGUUCUUUCAAUUAUUAUUUUUGUUUUAAACAGGCUUGACUUAAUUUCACACUAAAUUCAGUCAGAUUAUUCAAAUAAAUACAUGCACUGUAAUCACUGGACAAUCACAAAACGUUCUCUUUUACUUCAAGCUACAAUGGCUUUUUGGGCAGUUUUCUUUUCUGGAGCUUAUUUUCUUCUAUAAAGUGUCACAUGAUCUACAAAUAGCUGCUUUUUUAACAACAGUAAAAAUUCUGCAUGGUAAAAAAGGUUCUGUGGUGUAAACUAUUUUUGGCAGUUUUGGCGACUAUAUCAGCCCUUAAAACUGAGAAAUAUGUUUGUAAUAUUUGCGUCUGUUGUAUUUAUCAAGAUCAGACCUAUAAAAAUGGGCCUAAAUUAAAUAAUGGCUAUUUCAAUGUCGAAAAUGGACUUUGGUU